GCGAGUUGGCACGGCGGUCACGUGACGGCCGUUCUUUAACCGCACGCUUUUCCCGGGGGCACCGUGAACGCACCGUGAUCAGGUAACACGGAGAGAGACGAGCGCGGCCCCCGCAGAGGUGGAAGUCCACGCGGCGGAUCGACGCUCAGUGACAGGAGCGGGAAGACGAAAGGAAAAGUGAAAAAGAAGAAAAGGGAAAGAUAACCAAAAGGAACCGUUGAGCUCGCCCGCGGGCAGAAGGUGGAAGAAGGUUCAAACUGGUUCGGUGUGAUUCCUACUUCGGGACGUGUGAACGCAUCGGAUCCGGUGACAGCCUCGAGCCCAAAGGCGGCAACAGACGCAAAAGAAAUGGAGAAUGGGAAGAGCCGCCUGCAGCAGGUCCAGGGGGACGUGGAGGAGGUCAAGGUCAUCAUGAUGGACAACUUGAACAAGGCUGAUGAGAGAAAUGGCAAACUGGUUGAACUGGAGGACAGGGCUGAUGUGCUGCUGGAAAAGAGUAAAGCCUUUGAAAAGACCUGCGUCAAGGUGAAGCAGAAGAAAAGAUGGGAGAACAAGAAGAUGAAGUUUGUGUUUAUCGCCAUCGGCGUGGUGGUGGCAGUCGUCAUUAUCGGAUUAAUAAUCUAUUUCAAUGUGCCUGGCACACAGUAGCUGCUCCGAUGUUGAAAGCUAAACAAAUUUCCGUGGAUUUAGGAAUGUGAAGUGGACAAAAAAAGAAGACGAUUGCAAACUGUGGGACUUGAGCAUCUCGCCUUAACUGCUCAAUUUGUGUUAUUUCUGUUUUUAAAAAUAUUUAUGGGAGUUUUGUUCAUACUCUUUUUUUGUCUUCACUUAAAAUGGUACCAAUGAUCGCUCGGCUACUUGGCUGCUUUUCUUCAUUCACUUCUCAAAGGUCAUGUCUCUCUAAAGGCUCUGGCAUGUUUCUGCAACUGCAGCUCCGGCUUUUUGUGCACUUGUGUCGACGCACUCGUUUCAACUCAUGGUUCUAAAAGUCUUGCGCGUGUUGCAGAGCAAUUUACCGCCAGAACAACAACAGGUGGAGUAUUGUUUUUUGUCGAAGAUGACCUAGAGAGCGACGUCUUUGUGUGUGGAAGUCGUUGGAUGUUUAUUUAGGGAUACAUAAAAAGCAGAGACUUUAUUUCCCCGUGCAUCGCCACUGCUCCUUUCCAUCGCCGGACACAUUUGUCCCGCAUUUUCCUCCACAACUUUGUUCCCCUCGACCGGCAAACCGACGUUUGCGGAGAUCUCCCUCCAUGAAUCAGAGGCCAUCCGCGCGUCCUUAUAGUCCGCCAAUGACGGCUUGUAGAAGCGGUCAUACUUACGAAUUUCUUCCGACAAAAGCUCUUCAAUCUGAUUCGAUCUGUCUUCAAAAAUAGUCCUUUUAAAAAUGGCGGUAUUAUGCCAUGAAACCGGAAAGGAUGUGAUUAGCAGACCAAUCACAGCCUGGCGGGCUGCGCGAGGUUGCGUUGUUUUUGACGCUAAACUAGAAAAAUUGGUCAACGCACGCAAGAAUGCAAUAAGGGGUAAAAAAGCACGCAAGCGGCACACAAGGGGCUCUUAAAAAUUAGAGAUGUAACUUAGACGUUCUCCUUCACCCUGUGAAGUGAAAAAUAUUUUUAACCAAACAUGAUCAUGCUGCUUCUCUUGUAAUUGUAUGUUUGUACACAAUUGUUCCCGUUUUAGAGCACAGCUCAGAGGAAGAGAAAAAUGUCGUCGGGGGUUGCUCGACUCCGCAGUGAAUACUUAGGGUCAACUGUGCGUGCAAGGAGACAGACGAAGAACAACAGUUGUUAAACUCGCUGGAUAAAGGCUGCUCCUCAGAGCUUCAAAUUGGGAAAAAAUAAAGUGAUGUAUUGUCACAGAAGUGGUGUGGUGGUUAGCACUGUCGCCUCACAGCAAGAAGGUCCUGGGUUGGAUUCUGCCCAGUGGCCUUUCUGUGUGGAGUCUGCAUGUUUUCCCCGUGUCUGCGUGGGUUCUCUCCGGGUUCUCCGGCUUCCUCCCACAGUCCAAAGACAUGCUCUGGGGAUCAGGUUGAUUGGGGACUCUAAAUUGCCCGUUGCUGUGUGAGUGUGAGUGUGAAUGGUUGUGUGUCUCUGUGUAGCCUUGCGAUUGGCUGGCGACCAGUCCAGGGUGAACCCUGUCUAUCGCCAAGUUGGCUGGGAUAGACUCCAGCACCCCGCGACCCUGUGUGCAGGAUAAGCAGUUUGAUGAUGGAUGGAUGGAUGGAUUGUCACAGAAACUUUCAUCAGUCAAAAAUCAAAAGUUUCCUGAACCAUUAAAAUGUUUUAUCAUAUUAUUUCAUGGUGCUGAAAGGAAGACAUUUUGGAGUUUUACGUUUGAAUUUUUUUCUAUAAAUUAGUAUGACUUGUGUAAGAAAGCAGAA